UGUUUCCAAAGUGUUUCCACAAAUUCGGGUAUAAUAUACAUGUCGGUCAUAUAAAACGACCAAAAAUUUAGAUUUAUCACAUAAUUUAGGACAAUAGGACAAAAAUGGACAGGAUAUUAACGUAUUUAUUGCCUGUGGCAUUCUUCUUGCUUUUUAAAGAAUCUCACGCACAACAGUUGCAGACGAUCACAGUUUGUGAGACGCUUGGACCUGGAACAAUCACGUGUCCACUUGGUAAAGAAAUAAACAUCGUUACGAUUUUAUAUGGCAGAACACGAGCAUUACCCGUGAGCACGUGCAAUCCCUACAACUCACCGAUAACUAACUAUAACUGCGUUGGAGGGCAACAAGCCGACAACUAUGUUAAUUCACAGUGUUCCGCAAAGUCGAAAUGCACUUUGACAAACUCGUAUCUGCUACUAGGUGACCCUUGUCCAGGCGAACCGAAAUUUUUAAAGGUAGACUAUCAAUGUAUUGUUCCUACACUUCCUCCACCGAUUACAUCUCCAACGACACCGCCUGUAGUGACGUCAUCAACGAAGCAGCAGACGACAACAGCAAAGACGACAACAGCGAAGACGACAACGGCGUCAAAUGUAAAGACGUAUAAAACAACAACUCUUUCACCGUCACAAACCCAAGUAACCAUCUGUGAGACAAAAAUGCAUACAUUUCACUGCCCCGUUGGUAAAGUACUCUGGAUGACCCACGUUCUGUGGGGCAGAUUACCCCCAUCGCCACCAUCGCUUUGUAAUCCUUACAAUACAAUAGUAAAAGGUGCGAACUGCAAAGGAGGACCCGCGGCGACACAAUACGUAGAAGGUUUAUGUAACGGUAAACCGUCUUGCACUGUUGCUAACGACUGGACAAAGCUAGGCCCUGAUCCAUGUACUGGAAUACCGAAAUAUCUACAAGUGAGUUACACAUGUGACAUUCCGACGACAACUUCGGCGGUAAAAUCAACGACGACACCAACUGUCUCUACAUCAACGGCUUCCACCGCCAGUACGACAGCAUCAACCACCAAACGUCCUACAACUACGCCAACCCCAACAACAACAACUAAGGCAACUACCACGCCCACGCCCACAACCACGCCCACAACCACGCCCACAACCCCACAACCUACAUUGCCACAGACAACACUUGCACCUGGAGUGAAAUCUGCCCUGAUUUGUCAACCAAACAGAAAUACUCUGCGUUGUCCACCUGGCGACGAAAUUUUGAUUGACACCGUCUUUUAUGGACGGACCAAUCAGAUAUCAUGUAACACCGCCCAUCAGACAUUCAACAACGUCAAUUGUGUGGGCGGAGCCAAAAGUAACGACACAGUUCAUCUGUACUGCGAUCAUCAGGCUUCCUGUAUAGUAAGGGCAGACAACUCGUGGCUUCAAGUUAUCGACCCAUGUCCCGGAGUUCCCAAAUACCUUCAGGUUACAUACCACUGUAAGCCAUUAGCUCCACCAACCACAUCCACAACAACCACCACACCUACAACUACAUCUACAACAACGCCCACAACUACUUCUACAACCACGCCCACAACUACAUCCACAACCACGCCCACAACUACAUCCACAACCACGUCUACGACUACAUCUACCACAACUACGCCAACAACGACAACUACACCAACAACAACAUCAACAACAACAACAACCACGCCUACUACCACAUCAACUACAACAACCACGCCCACUACCACAUCGACUACAACAACCACGCCCACUACCACAUCGACUACAACAACCACGCCCACAACCACAUCGACUUCAACGACUACGCCAACUACCACCUCAACUACAACUACCACGCCCACUACUACAUCAACCACAACGUCUACAAGCACAACUACGACCACGCCUACUACAACUACCCCAACGACAACAUCAACAACAACGACAAUGACCACACCAACCACACAAAGCACGACAACACGAACCACAACCCGUGCAACGACACAGAUGACGACGUUACCACCGUAUAUUCCGUUCCAGCCUCCUGCAAAUGCACCGCAAGGUGCACAAGUAUGCCACGAAUACCUUGUUUCCGGUCCACAUGGCGUCCCUGACAAUCAUUUGACGGCUACAAGUUCCUGGAAUUCACACUUACCAAACGACAACAAUGGUCCGGAUAGGUCGAGGCUAUUCACCACAGCCUACGACUACGGCAACGGGACGUUUUAUAGAGGCGCUUGGACAGCUGGAGUUCAAGAUAAAAACCAAUAUAUUCAGGUGGAGUUUAUGCGACCUAGUCUUGUCCGCGGUGUUGUUACACAAGGACGUCACUUGAACCCUUUGACCUUGUGUUGUGUACAAAGGGUCACGGACUACAAGGUAUCCUAUAGCAACGACGGGAAAAACUGGGAUAUGGUACAAGAUGGCAGCGGGAAAGAUAUGGUGUUUAAGGGGAACAUUGACGAGGAUUCCGUAGUGACCCACAUGUUUGACUGUCCCUUCAUAGCCAGAUUUCUGAGAAUUCAUCCACAAUCCUGGCAUAACUAUAUUGCCCUUAGAUUUGAUGCCAUUGGUUGCCAAGCCAUCACAACUGAUAUUGGCAAGUGUGACCCCGGAUGGGUGGAGUUACCAGGUUCCAACAAAUGCUAUUUCUUCUCUAAGAACACGCAAUCAUGGAAAGACGCCAAACGAAUGUGCCAACUCAACCAUGGACAUCUUGUAGAUAUACAGUCCGUUCCAGAAAGGGAUUUUAUAUUGAAAAAGAUCAGUGCAACUUCCAUUAGUUUGUGGUGGAUAGGUUUAAGCAACGUCCCUAGAAAAGACACAAAAGAUUAUAAAUGGACGGAUGGAAAAGAUUUGGAUACUAAAAUACUACCAUGGAAAAAGGGACAACCGGACAAUGGAGGGUAUGGUGAGCAUUGCGGAGAUUUCUGGAAUAAAGAACUCAAUGACGACAACUGUGAUCUAAAACGAAACUAUAUAUGUGAGAAAGAUAAAUACUGGAAGCCCCCGGUCAACGCGCCACCUAUAGUUGUGAAGACACCGCCCACAGCAGCAUUCGUUCCGACAACAAAAAGCCAAACAACUAAACAGUUAGUAUCAACGACAUCACCAAAGCCGCCGCCAACAGUACAUAUCGCAAUACCAACUCAGCCGGGUGUACCGUACGUCAGUACAAAUGGAAAUGUGUUCGCAUUUGGUUGUGUCAGUACGAUAAAGGACUGUUUUGGAAGAAAAGAAGGUGACUACCAAGGAUGUCAAGGGUGUGGUCACUACGUGACAUGCGCAGCGAGUGGUAUGUGGCCUAGACCGUGUCCUCUGAACUUGAAAUGGGACGACAAUGUGAAGAGUUGUGAGUUCAGGUCAUCUACUUGUAAUGGACCUUAAAACGGUUACCAGAUUUGUUGUUACUGUGCUGCAUAAAUCGACAUUUUUCUCUGAACAUUUUGUUAAUACACGAACAUUGAAAUAGCGCCCUGUGUUAUUUGUCAUUUCUGUAAUUGCAUAUCAUUGAUAUUUAUUAGCAAUAAAUGCACAGAUUGUUUUCGGGAA